UGCGAUAAUGGAUUGACUCUCUGUGAUAUCCUAACUUCUUGUCCAACUCCAGAUCCUGAAAAUCCCACUUCUGUACCUAACGAUAAUGAAAAACAAGGAUCCAAAGGAGACCCAGGUCCGCCUGGUCCUCCCGGGAGGGAUGGUUCCCCUGGUCCUCCAGGCCCACCUGGCCCACCUGGGGAACCUGGUAUUCCUGGAAGCAAUGGUCAGCCUGGUGCAAUGGGAUCUCGUGGUUUACGUGGUGAGAGAGGAUAUCCUGGAUCUUCUGGCCUGUCUGGUUCCCGGGGUAGUGAUGGUAAACCUGGCAAAGAUGGUCAGCGUGGACUUGCUGGUUCCCCAGGAUCUCCUGGUUUUCCAGGCCGUCAAGGUACUAAGGGUGAAGCUGGUGCACCAGGCACUCGUGGAUCAAAUGGUCUUCCAGGAACAAGAGGGAGACCAGGUCCUCAGGGGAAUGCUGGAAAUCCAGGCACACCUGGUAAUCCUGGAAAAGAUGGAUCACCCGGAUCCCAGGGUUUUGCGGGUUCUGCUGGUAGACCUGGUGCCAGUGGUGGGCCGGGUCCCAUUGGUCCCACAGGUCCUGCAGGUCCAAUGGGGACUAAUGGUGCUCCUGGCGCUCAAGGGAAACCUGGCGAAGCAGGGAAGACUGGAGCUAAAGGUGAUCCUGGUCCCAAGGGUGAUGAUGGCUCACAGGGAAGCCCAGGUGCUCCUGGCCCUGAUGGAGGGGAAGGCAAAAGUGGCCCCUCAGGUGAAAGAGGGUCUCCUGGUGAACCUGGUCCUUCUGGCAAAAGGGGUUGUGCUUUAUUUUGCAAAUAUUUAAAUUUCACACCACAAGAGAACAAAAGGGCUGUGUUCGGUAUGGUAAAUAAAGGUAUUAUUCGAACACCACCUCGUGACACUUAUCAGCAAGCGCAUCGCGUCAGCAUCAGUGACCACAAGGAAGUACAGCUAGAUAUUCUUCAGUCUUUCUGGGGUAUGCUGGUAUGCGUGGAGCCCCAGGUCCGAUUGGUGGCACUGGGUUCUGCAGGAGCCAUUGGACUCCCAGGUCCUGCUGGUGCCAGAGGCAGUCCGGGGGAAGCAGGUCGCUUGGGUGUUCCUGGAAACCCUGGUCAGAGAGGUAGCCCAGGAAGUCCUGGAGCCCUGGGUGCAGAUGGGAAACCUGGUCCUCAGGGUUCUUUUGGAGAUCGUGGACCACCUGGAUCUCCUGGCAGACAGGGUUUAAGAGGUUCCCCAGGCAUUAUGGGUUUCCCUGGUUCAAGGGGUAAUGAUGGUCAACCUGGAAAGUUUGGUGAGAGAGGUCCUCCAGGCAGUCCUGGUAUACAAGGGUCGCCUGGUGAAAGAGGAGGGCCAGGGCUUCCAGGUGCUCCCGGCUCCCAGGGUCUAAGUGGUGCUGUUGGUCCCCCUGGUAAAAAUGGGAAUCCUGGUGAACCAGGUAAUACUGGUGAAAAGGGCAGUGCUGGAACACCAGGCCUGAAAGGUGAGGAUGGUGCUAUAGGUGACCGAGGACCUCCAGGUUCUCCAGGAACUAUUGGAGUACCAGGGCCUCCUGGCAGUAAUGGACCAGAUGGUGCCAAGGGCGCGCUUGGACCUCCAGGCCCAUCGGGAGCAAUGGGGUCUCCAGGACUUCAAGGUAUGCCAGGGGAGAGAGGUAGACUUGGGGCUGAAGGUCCAAAAGGUGAAAAAGGGGAUAUUGGUCCCAAAGGUCCCGAUGGCAGUGUUGGUAAAGAUGGUGACAAAGGUUUUCCAGGUGUCAUGGGUCCACCGGGUCAACCUGGCUCUUCAGGAAACAGGGGCGAGCCUGGUCCCGCUGGACCUCCUGGUCCCGUUGGUGUCCGUGGCUCUAAUGGUGAAAGAGGUGAAUCUGGUCCCAAAGGACCCAGUGGAUUUCCUGGGCCUCCAGGUCUGGAUGGGCAACCUGGGUCUAAAGGUUCAGUUGGCAAUCCUGGUUUAAGAGGUACCUCUGGCUUCCCGGGUCCUCAAGGUACAAAAGGUUUGCCGGGUUCACAGGGCCUUGCUGGUUUAUCCGGUCCCAAAGGUGAUCGCGGUUUGCCAGGCUCUCCUGGUAUACGCGGUAUACCUGGGAGUGUUGGUGCAAGUGGACUUCCUGGGGCACCGGGUAACUCCGGCUCUCGAGGUCUACCAGGCCCAGCUGGUAAACCUGGUCCUCUAGGUCCAAGUGGCAGCACUGGACUACCUGGGAGCCCUGGAGAAGCUGGUCCCAAGGGUGAGGCCGGUGGUCCAGGGGAAAUAGGACCCCCGGGUCUAGAUGGACCUCCAGGUCCUUCUGGUAUAAUAGGCAUUCAAGGUAUUCCUGGGGCACGUGGUAUAGCAGGUUUACAUGGCAGUUUGGGACGUGCAGGGCCUCCAGGUCGAAGCGGUUUACCUGGUGAAGCUGGCAAACAAGGUGAACCUGGUGUAUCUGGAGGGCGAGGACCUGCUGGCCAAGUCGGACACCCUGGUCUAAGAGGUCCCCCUGGUGAGGCUGGAAAAACUGGUAACCCUGGUGCUGAUGGCGCUCCUGGUCGAGAUGGAACUCCAGGGCCUAAGGGCAAUCGUGGCGAGUCUGGCACUUCAGGCAAUCCUGGUCCUCCUGGUUUUCCCGGUUCCCCAGGUCAACCUGGUACAGCUGGCAAACACGGUGGCAGAGGACAACCGGGUAAUCCUGGCUCGCAAGGUUCCUCAGGGUCUCCUGGACGUCCUGGGCUUGUGGGUCCUCACGGCCUUCGGGGUGAGAAGGGUGAAAGAGGGGAACCAGGUACUAAUGGCAUUAAGGGUCAUCGUGGAUUCCCAGGUGGGCAAGGCCUGCCAGGACCUCCUGGUUCUAAUGGAGAUCCGGGUCAAGCUGGGAGUCCUGGACCUCAAGGUGUUAGAGGUCCUCCAGGUUCAGCUGGUUCUCCUGGCAAAGAUGGUAGCAGUGGGUAUCCUGGCUCCAUAGGUCUUUCCGGAUCCCGGGGUUCACGAGGAGAAUCUGGCCCUCCUGGUGUUCCUGGUGAACAAGGUAUUCCUGGCCUCCCUGGUCCUCCUGGUUCCUGUUGUUCUGGAGGAUUUGAAUCUGUAGAUAAAGGUGACACGUUCCAGGGGUCAUACUAUGGGGAUCAGCCAGGUAAUUUGGCACAGGAAUCAGAACUGGAAGUCAUGGCGACUCUGAAGUCACUGAAUGGCCGGAUAGAUGCCAUUGAUAUCCCUAAUGGAUCACAGAAGAAUCCUGCCCAAAGUUGUCGGGACCUAAAAUCCUGUCACCCAGAAUUCGACAGCGGAGAGUACUGGAUUGAUCCCAACCAAGGCUGUAAAUUGGACGCCAUCAAGGUGCACUGUAACAUGGAGACUGGGGAGACCUGCAUGCACCCUAACCCUGCGAGCAUCCCACGUAAGAGCUGGUGGUCAAACAGAGGCAGCCGUGAGAUGAAGCAUGUGUGGUUUGGAGAGUCUAUGGAUGGCGGCUUCUACUUCAGCUAUGGUGACCAGGGCGUAGAUGAAGACGUCGCUGAAAUCCAAAUGGGAUUCCUUCGUUUGCUUUCCGUUCGAGGUUCCCAGAAUAUCACGUACCACUGUAAGAACAGCAUCGCAUACAUGGAUGCUGAGACUGGAAAUAUCAAGAAGGCUUUAAGGCUGAUGAGCUGGUCUGAUUCUGAACUCAAGGCUGAAGGAAACAUCAAAUUAAGAUACAGUGUCCUUGAAGAUGGUUGCAGUAAACACACUGGAGAGUGGAGCAAGACCGUCUUUCAGUACAGGACUCGGAAGACAAUUCACCUGCCCAUUGUGGAUCUGGCACCAAUGGAUAUUGGUGCAGAAGAACAGGAAUUUGCUGUUGACCUUGGUCCUGUCUGCUUCUUAGAGUUCUGUGCUGAAUACUUAGAUAUGGAGAGCUUUGUGCAUACAGGGACUUUCCUCCUACUUGUAAUAACACAGGUGUCAUUAACAGUGGCACAAGAGGACACAGGUUCGAAUCAUGUAAUCAAGGGAGAGAAGGGAGAUCGGGGUUUACCUGGUCCUCCUGGAGCUGAUGGUUUACCUGGGCCACCUGGUCCAGCCGGGCCACCUGGUGAAGGUUCCGCUCUGACUUAUGCCGCUCAGAUGUCAGGGAACUAUGAAUCAGUUGAUACGAAAGGAAUUGUUCCUGUGUACCCACCUAUUGGACCGAUUCAUUGUCCUCCUGGACAAACGGGCCAGCGAGGACCCAGAGGCCCCCCUGGACUGCCUGGACCAUCUGGUGCUCCAGGUUAUCAAGGCUUGACUGGUGAGACUGGAUCACAAGGGCCCAGAGGUCCGUCUGGUCCUGUUGGUGCUAUAGGUCCUCCUGGACUAACUGGACAAAACGGUGACCCUGGCAGACAAGGGAAUCGUGGUGUGGUUGGGCCUACUGGUCCACCGGGCCUUCCAGGUCAUAUGGGUAAGCCUGGUUACCCUGGUAUGAAAGGUCACAGAGGUGAGAAUGGACGUGAUGGGCUUAAAGGUGAAACAGGUGUAGUCGGCCCAAAGGGUGAAAAUGGUGAUCCUGGAACCAAUGGUCUGCCUGGUCUAAUGGGUCCUACUGGUCUGAAAGGUGAAAAAGGACAAAUUGGAAGUACUGGCACUCCUGGUACCAAUGGUGCUGAUGGUCAGCCCGGAAAUGAUGGUCAGCCUGGUUCCCCUGGUUCCCCUGGUAGUUCAGGCAAUCCAGGUAACCCAGGUACUAAGGGUGAACCUGGCUCACCAGGAGCACGUGGUUUUGACGGUGUUCCAGGAAUAAAGGGCGAACCCGGUCCUCAGGGCUCCACUGGCUCAACAGGCUUGCCCGGUAACAAUGGGAAAGACGGGCAGCCUGGACUCAGAGGUUUCACGGGACCUCCUGGUUUACCUGGCAAUCCUGGUGGGCAGGGUUCCGUUGGCCCAAGGGGUCCACCUGGCACUAAUGGUAUUCCUGGUAAUCAAGGUCCUAGGGGUGAACCUGGCAAAAAUGGAGACAAAGGUGAACGUGGUACUAAAGGGGACAAUGGGAGAGAUGGAGCUCCUGGUCCUCCUGGUUUGAAUGGAGAAGAAGGCAAAAUAGGCCCUAAGGGUGAAACUGGAGGACCUGGUCAAAAUGGUGCACCAGGCUUAAGGGGCUCUCCCGGAUUACCUGGAGUCCCAGGUAUGGCGGGUUUACCUGGCCCGAAGGGCGGUGUAGGAGACAUUGGGCCACCAGGUCCCACUGGUCCACGAGGAACUUCUGGUGAACAAGGCCAAUCUGGAAAUCCUGGUUCCCCUGGGAAAGUUGGAGACCCUGGAAGUCCAGGCAGCCCUGGAGCAGAGGGAAAAACAGGUUCUCAGGGUCCUUCUGGUCCACGAGGUUUAUCAGGUCCUCCUGGCCCAACUGGCCCAAAAGGACCACAAGGUCCGAGGGGUUUCCCUGGUCCAAAGGGUAAUGACGGUACACCUGGUGAAAGUGGUCGGAAAGGGACCCCUGGAAAUCCUGGUGGGCAAGGUCCACCUGGCAAGGAGGGUGAGAAAGGAGCUUCAGGAACACCGGGAUCUCCUGGUACGGCUGGUGAAAAAGGAGAACAAGGACUUCCAGGUCCUCCUGGUUUCCAGGGUUCACCCGGUGUCAUGGGUUCCCGUGGUGAUAAUGGUAAACCUGGUGAUCCAGGCAUCCAGGGUCAAAAUGGUAGUCCAGGACAGCCAGGAGCAAAGGGUGAGACUGGUACGCCUGGUGAAGGUGGCAGCUCAGGUCCUCCAGGUCCUGACGGGCCACAGGGUCCAAUUGGUAUAACAGGAGCAGAUGGACCCAAGGGUCUUCCUGGACUUCCAGGAAAUCGAGGACCAGUUGGACCUCCAGGACUACAAGGUAGGAUGGGAGAGAGAGGCAAUCCCGGUGGCUCAGGUCCCAAAGGUGAAAAAGGAGAUGUGGGCCCCCCUGGUUUGCAAGGCAAUCCUGGUAAAGAUGGUGCUAGGGGUCAUCAAGGUCCUAUGGGACCACCGGGUCAACAUGGUAUUACAGGAGAGAGGGGGGAGAAUGGUCCUAAUGGACCUCCUGGUCCUCCUGGUCCACCUGGCUCUUCUGGUGCACGAGGGGAAUCUGGCCUGAAAGGACCGCCAGGGUUUCCAGGGCCACCUGGCCUUGAUGGAUCACUUGGUCCUAAAGGGUCAGAUGGCGAUGCGGGUGACAAAGGUGAUCCUGGGCCCAAGGGUCCUACUGGCCCUCCUGGACCUCCUGGUCAAGUGGGUGCUUCAGGGUUAACAGGCCCGAAAGGUGAGCGUGGCCCAUCUGGUCUUCCUGGUGGAAAUGGUCAGCCUGGUUUUCCUGGGAGAAUGGGUCCACCUGGUCCAGGGGGUAAUACUGGCCCUUCAGGCCCUUCUGGGUUGACUGGCAAAGAUGGUCCCCCUGGCCCAUUUGGUAGCACUGGCCCAACUGGCACCCGUGGGCCACCUGGUCCAAAAGGGCCACCUGGUAACGCUGGUGAAAUUGGUUUACCUGGUGAAACUGGUCUGCCGGGCCCAGUUGGUGAAAGUGGUCCUCGUGGUUUAAAUGGAGGAACUGGUUUUAGAGGUUUACCAGGUUCACGAGGAAUAAUGGGAGCUAUUGGUUUAAAAGGCGAGGCUGGUGAGCCUGGCAAACAGGGACAACCUGGUAGGCAAGGUGAUCGAGGCUCUGAUGGCCCUGUAGGGCCAAUAGGCCUAAUAGGUCCACCUGGUGAAUCUGGCAAAGAUGGUAACCCGGGCACCGCUGGUCAUAUGGGGCCUUCGGGUGGUCCAGGGCCUAAGGGCGAACGUGGUGAGCCUGGAUCCCAAGGCCGUCAAGGACCUUCUGGUAUUCCAGGCUCCCCAGGACAGACCGGUCCAGCUGGGAAACAAGGUGAAAGGGGAGAAUCGGGUACUCCUGGCCCACAGGGGGCCCCAGGUCAACAAGGGUCUCUUGGACCUAAGGGUCCUCAAGGUCCUCGAGGAACCAAGGGUGAAACAGGGAAGAAUGGAGAGAAUGGUAUCAAAGGCCAUCAAGGUCGUCCUGGUCAACCUGGUCUCCAAGGGUCUCCUGGUUCCAUUGGAGAACCAGGUGAGCCUGGAAUCCCUGGAAAUCAAGGUGCAGUGGGUCCUCUAGGCCCCAUUGGUCCUGCUGGCAAAGAUGGUGUCAGAGGUUAUACAGGUCUUAAUGGCCCUCCUGGCCCACGUGGCGCAAAUGGGCCAAAUGGUUCACCUGGUUCACGUGGUGAAACAGGUCCUCCUGGAACGCCUGGUGCUGUGGGUCCUCCUGGUACAUGCUGUUCUACAGAACCAGAUAAUGGGGGACCAGAACCAUACAAAAGCUAUCCAUAUAUUAAGGAUCAGCCCAGAGAAUCUAUUGUGCAACAGGAUGCAAACAUAAUGGCUACUGUGAAAUCACUUAGCAGCCAGCUAGAAGACAUCCUGAGGCCUGAUGGAUCGCAAAAGAAUCCAGCCCGCAGCUGCCGUAACCUACAAUUCUGUCAUCCAGAUUUCAAGAGUGGAGACUAUUGGAUUGAUCCGAACCAAGGCUCUAAGGUGGACGCUAUCAAGGUGCACUGCAACAUGGAGACUGGGGAGACCUGCAUGUACCCUAACCCUGUGAACGUCCCACGUAAGAGCUGGUGGACAAACAAAGGCAGCCGUGAGAUGAAACAUGUGUGGUUUGGAGAGUCUAUGGAUGGCGGCUUCCACUUUGGCUAUGGUGACUACAAUCUUGGGCAAGAUUUAGCUGAAGUCCAAUUAGGAUUCCUUCGAAUGCUUUCCACUAAAGCCUCCCAGAAUAUUACCUACCACUGUAAGAACAGCAUCGCUUACCUGGAUGAUGAGACUGGGAAUGUAAAGAAAGCUGUAAGACUCAUGAGUUGGGCUGAUGUGGAACUCAAAGCUGAAGGAAGCAGAAAAUAUAUAUACAGUGUUCUUGAAGAUGGCUGCACAAAACACACUGGAGAGUGGGGCAAGACCGUCUUUGAGUACAAGACACGGAAGACAAUUCGUUUGCCUAUUGUGGAUAUUGCUCCCAUGGAUAUUGGCGCUGAAGAUCAGGAAUUUGGAAUUGACAUUGGUCCUGUCUGCAACAGUAAUGUAGUACAAGCACCUAAGGGAGAUCCAGGUGACAUUGGUCCUCCAGGAUCUGAUGGUCUUCCUGGUCUCCCAGGUCCACCGGGGCCCCCUGGUCUGAAAUAUCAUUUUCAGCAGUCUGGUGGUUACGAUAGUAGAACAGGAUGGGAUUUCAAAAACCCCGAUUAUACAUCUUAUAAUACUCAUUCCCCUUUACCUGGGCCACCUGGAGCACAAGGUCCUCCAGGAUUUAGAGGUCUCCGCGGGCCAUAUGGAUCAAGAGGAGAAAUGGGUCCUACUGGCCUACAGGGUUCAUCUGGUCCAUCUGGGGAAUCUGGCCCCAGAGGUCUACAAGGCCCUCCUGGUCCCAUGGGUUUACGUGGUAAAAAUGGUGCAGCUGGCAAAACAGGAAUAGCUGGACCGAUUGGAAUACAAGGCCCUCGGGGUGUGAAAGGACCAACCUCUACUCCUGGUAUACCUGGAAUAAAAGGUCACAGAGGCUUUGAUGGACACAAUGGAGCUCAAGGUGAUGCUGGUACUUCUGGAGAAAAGGGGGACCCUGGUAUUCCUGGAGAUAAUGGUAUACCUGGCCAAAGGGGUUAUCCUGGUUCAUUUGGUGAGAGAGGAGAUUCUGGACAUCGUGGUGUACCUGGUUCCCGUGGUAAAAAUGGUCGACCUGGCAAAGAUGGGAAUCUUGGUUACCCUGGUAGAUCUGGUUCUCAUGGAUUUCCAGGUUUUCCAGGUGCAAAGGGUGAACCCGGUCCAGGGGGCAGUGAUGGUUUUAAUGGUUUCAAAGGGGCAAUGGGUGAUGCAGGACUUGUGGGAUCCUCUGGAGCUUCAGGAAUACCUGGCACUAGUGGAAAAGACGGGUCAACUGGUUCCACAGGUUUCAUGGGAUUUCCUGGUGGAUCCGGUAUGCAUGGAAGUCUAGGACUUAUGGGUCCUUCAGGUGAACCAGCCACUGAUGGCAUUCCAGGCUCCAAUGGUGAAGAGGGGGCACCAGGUGAAAAAGGACCAAGUGGUGAUGUUGGCCCUUUGGGUGAUAGUGGUAAACCUGGUGUUGUGGGUAAUCCCGGGAAUUCUGGAUCUGAAGGCAAAAGAGGACCAACUGGUAACAUGGGGGUUCCUGGCAAUCGUGGUCUGCCUGGGCAAAGGGGACAGCCUGGUUUCCAGGGAGCACGAGGUCAUUGGAGCCCUGCUGGUGAAAAGGGUCCUAAAGGAGAAGCUGGUCCAGUUGGUCUUCAAGGUCCUAAAGGUUUUAAUGGCAAUUUGGGUCGGCCUGGCAACCCUGGACCAUCAGGUCAAAGAGGAAGCAGGGGAAGUCAAGGAAGCCCAGGCAGAGAUGGUAAACCUGGACGUGAGGGACGUGGUGGACCGGAGGGUCCUGGGGGGGAACCUGGUCAAUUUGGUCAAAGAGGCUCACCAGGUUUUAUGGGUUUCUAUGGUGAAAGCGGCAAUGGCGGUCGAUCCGGUAAGCCUGGUAACCAAGGUGAUCAAGGUGUUACUGGUGAUAUUGGUAGUCCUGGAAAGGGUGGUGAGAAGGGUCUCCCAGGUCCAGACGGUGAUCCUGGUCCAACUGGUGAAAGAGGACAAAGCGGGAUUCCAGGAAAUACUGGUCCCCAGGGUAUACCUGGUCCACCAGGUCUUUCUGGUGAGAAUGGAAAACUUGGUGAUAUGGGUCCCCCUGGUGAAAAAGGUAAACAAGGUACUCCAGGUUCAAAGGGAGAUACUGGUAACCAAGGUGAACAGGGACUCCAAGGUCUUCAAGGUGCCAUAGGACGACGAGGGCUUGCUGGUAGUGGUGGACGAGAUGGAGCCAUGGGUCCUGCUGGACCUCCAGGUCUUCCAGGUUCAAUGGGACAUCUAGGCUUACCAGGUAUGCCAGGCGGAGUAGGAUAUCCAGGACAACAGGGUCAAAAAGGCGAACAAGGUGAUACAUCUACAAAAGGUCCCGAUGGUGAAGAUGGUAAAGAUGGUGAGAUGGGUCGCACGGGUCCAGCAGGUCUAAUAGGUUCACAAGGAUCUAGAGGAGAAAGGGGUGAGGUUGGUCCUGAUGGGCUUCCUGGGACUCUCGGAUAUCCUGGAAGCCAUGGUGAACGGGGUGAAAUAGGCGAAAUAGGACUGAAUGGAUUUUCUGGGAUUCCUGGUUUGGAUGGACUACAUGGUCCUAAAGGCUCAGUUGGUGGUCAAGGUCCAUUAGGAAAUACUGGUCCUCAAGGCUCUCAAGGUCCCAGUGGUUCUUCUGGUUCAGGGGGGCUUCCAGGAGUGAAGGGUCCAAAUGGUGAUCGUGGAUAUUCAGGUCCCUCUGGAGCAAUUGGUUUGCCUGGUAGCAUUGGGGCAAUUGGAAGGAUUGGGCCAGAUGGGACUGCUGGCCCAGCUGGUACCCAAGGAUUGCCUGGCAAAGGAGGUCCUCCUGGCCCAGAUGGUAAAAGAGGUCCAGUCGGUAGCGAAGGACCAACUGGUCCCAAAGGUGAUGUUGGUGGUCCUGGCAAAAAGGGCCCCGUUGGUCAAACUGGUCUUCUCGGCCCUCAGGGAGGGACUGGUCCUUCGGGGAUUGUAGGAUCACAGGGACCUGUAGGCUUGCCGGGCAGGUCGGGAAUGUUCGGGAGACAAGGUCCAAGAGGUGAAUCUGGCGUGGCUGGUAAACCUGGGGUAGAUGGUCCACUUGGCGAUCGAGGGCGUCCUGGUUUAAUAGGCCACAGAGGUAUGAGGGGUCCUCCAGGUCCACCCGGCAAACAUGGUUUGCCCGGUCCCGAUGGCCUCCGUGGCAGAUCAGGAAGACGAGGCCUGAAUGGUGAUCGUGGUGAAGAUGGUCCUCUAGGUCAUCAGGGUUCUCCUGGCCUCCUGGGUCCCCCAGGUCACCCAGGCACCGCUGGCAAAAAUGGUGACAGAGGUGAACCGGGUGGACAAGGACCACAAGGCACAACGGGUUCAAACGGGGUGACUGGACCUAUGGGUGAUCGAGGUGCUCAAGGUGAGAAGGGGAGCACUGGAAAACCUGGAGCACAUGGCUGGAAAGGUCAUCCUGGAUUUCCUGGUCAUAUAGGCCCAGUAGGCAUUCAGGGUUCUAUUGGAGAAAUAGGACAACAAGGAAGUUCUGGAGCUCAAGGUAUCAGAGGUCCUCAAGGUCCAAGUGGUCCCCGGGGCAAAAGAGGUGUGGAUGGGUACCCUGGCCCCAUGGGUCCUCCUGGUCCCAGCGGUUUACGAGGAUCAAAUGGCCAUACUGGUGAAACUGGUGCUCAGGGUCUCCCUGGCUACCCUGGACUUCCUGGUCCCUGUUGUCAAGAUGGUUCAGAUGGCAAAGGCAUGUCAUAUCCAAACCCACAUUCACAAAAUUGGUUUGACUACUAUGGUGAUCAAUCAAAUGAUUUUAUGAAUGAACAGAGGGAAGAAAUACUGGCCACUCUGAAAUUAAUUGGGAGUCAGUUAGCAAACUUUCUGAGUCCAGAUGGAUCCAAGAAGAGUCCAGCCCAGAGUUGUCAUGACCUGCAAUUGAACCAUCCAGAGCUUGAGAGUGGAGUGUACUGGAUUGAUCCUAAUCAGGACUGCAAGAUGGAUGCUUUCAAGGUAUACUGCAACAUGGAAACUGGCGAGACCUGCGUACAUCCACACAACAACAGCACGUCACGGAAGAACUGGUGGACAAGCAACAACAACCAGAACAAGAAGCACGUGUGGUUUGGAGAGUCCAUGGAUGGGGGCUUCCAUUUUAGCUAUGGUGAUCCAAGUCUGUCAGAAGAUAUGGAAAUCCAAAUGGGUUUCCUUCAUGUACUUUCCACCCGAGCCUUCCAGAAUAUCACCUACCACUGCAAGAACAGCAUCGCUUACUUGGACGAUGAGACUGGAAGUGCAAAUAAAGCUUUGAAGCUGCUGGGCUGGUCUGACCUUGAGCUUAAAGCUGAAGGAAACAGCAAACAUAUAUACAAUGUUCUUGAAGACGGGUGCUCUAAACACACUGGAGAGUGGGGCAAGACUGUAAUUGAAUACAGCACAGAGAAGACCAUUCGUCUGCCUAUUGUCGAUAUUGCUCCUGUAGAUAUUGGUGCUAAAGAGCAAGAAUUUGGUGUUGACAUUGGCCCUGUCUGUUUCUCAUAAUAUCAGAAAUAACUUGAAUACAACCAUUUCUGUGACUUUUAAAUGGACAUUCACCUGAUCCAUCUAUCUCUUCCCCUAUCCAAACAUUAUUCUAGACCUCCCAUGCUGAUAAGGCCAACUUCUAAUCAUAUUUAUAAUGCUGACAGAAAUUGUCCAAACCAUUGACAGAGAUCUGAAAUUGUAACACACAAAGUCAUGCAUAGCGGUGCUUCUGCAAAAUUAUGAUUUAGGACCGAAAAGAGAAAACUCAUUGCACAGAGCAAUGGCAAAAAAAUCAAACAUGAUUCAAAGAUGCAUUUUGUCCAGUUUUGAUUCCUUCAUUGUGGUCAAAGUUGGGAUAGGCUUGAAAGGUGGUCUCUCAAGAAAAUAACACUGCUCUUCAAAUUAACUUGGAUUUCCAUAUAUACUGAAAUGCAGAGUAAUUAUAAGGAUUAGACAGACAUGCUGACUCAACUACGCACAAUCAGUGAACUACAGUGGAUUAAAGUGAAAUAUGUCAUAAAUCUUGAAAUGUAUGUGAAUUACACUUAGCUACCCAGUGAGGACUUCAUUGAGUCAUUUUAUUAAAAAAGAGUAUUU